AUGACCCUUGUUUUGUCGAUGCUUGUCUCGUCGCCACCGGUGCCACUGUCAUCGAUGUCUCACAUCGAUAGUAAUACUGAUCGUAGUCAUAUAACAAAUAAAUCAGCACCAUUAAUACCACCAACAAUCAUACCAAAACAUUUCAAUGUUCCAUUUGCUAUUCAACAUGGUUAUUUUCGGUGUAUUCGAUAUCUAUUACAGCUGUGUUAUGAUCCAAAUGAGCGCGAUGGUCAAUUGCGUACACCAUUAAUUCUAUGUUCGUACGUAGAGAAUGAUCGAUGGAGUUUAUCGAUUGCACAGAAUCUACUCGAAAAAGGAGCUAAAGUUGCAUUGGAAGAUCAUGCAAGACGAAAUGCAUUACAUCAUGCGUGUGCUCUUCAACGAAUGCAUCUCGUUCAACUAUAUUUAUCCUGUUUAGAUUUUAAUAUCGAGGCAAAAGAUUGUGAAGGAAAUACUUGUCUGCAUUAUGUAGCAAUUACGGGUAAUUGUGAAAUUGCUGACUUACUUAUGAAAACAGCAGAAAAAAUGGAUAUUCACCUUGAUCAAUGUGUUAAUCGAGACGGUUGUUCAGCAGCAGUUCUUGCGCUUAAAUAUGGACAUAUUGAAUGUGCUAAUCAAAUAACUCAUCGGGAUUGGGACGAAUUUUUCGUAGUACCUCGUCCUCUAUCGAUCUAUGAAAUUACACAGAAAAACGAUGAUAAUCACACUCGAAUCACAACAGGAUCAUCGAAAAAAAAGAGUCGAACAACUUCUAAUACUACGGGAACACCUAAUAAAAGUGAUAUUCGUCCGUCUACACUUUCGUUUGGUUUACUGAAAAUAAUUUUCAAUGAAAACGAUUCAAGUUAUUCAACACGUUUAGCUGGACUCUGCACUGAAGGUAAACCGCCACAUCAUCCUCGACGGAUACGACAUAAAAAACAAGAAACAUCGGAACGACUGAGUGAUUUCGAAAAGGCAGAAUCUACUUUACCUAGUUGCACACAUUAUUGUAGCACAGAAGCAUUGGUGAAUGAAUUACAAACUGUAACAAUAGCAAUUCCAGAGCGUAAAAUAACGUUUGACGAUAGUGAAGACGUUAAUAGUACGGCUCGAACAAGCCCACGAGUACAACUAUUAAUACAACAGCAUUUAAAUAAUAAGACAAAUCUAUCAACUGAAGAUACUCUCAUGUCGAAUAGUGAAGUUAAACCUAAAGUAAUGGAACGACACCAAUCGAGUUCAACUCUGAAUUAUCUUGAACCUUCAAGUUCGAUGUUUCAAGGUGGGUCGUCACAAAAUAAAAAUAAAUUACAACGUCCGAAAACUGCGAUCGUCACUCGCAAUCAAACAUCAGUGAAUGCCGUCGGUGUCCCAUCUCGUCUUAGCAGUGCAAAAAUGCCGCCAACACCAUUGCCUCGAAAAUUUAAGAAAAAAUCAACUACCAUCAAUCGCCCUAAAUCAGCGUCGGUUGUUCCUAAGUCACAAUUACAACAACCAUCAAGUACGAUAUCAGACGUGUCAUCAUAUUCUCAAACAUUAUAUGCUGGUCGUCCAUUAUCAGCUGCAUUACAAAGUCAUCAUCGUCAUCCUCCGCCUCCAAUUCAACGAAAAGUUGACUCGUCAUGUUCAAUUCGUGAAGCCAAAGGUGCAACAAGUCGAUAUAAUAAACCCGAAGAAUUAUUUGGCCUGAAACCCGAAGAACUUUUUGGUCUACAAGAUCAUCGACCGACAAUUAUGAAUCAUCGCAAAACAAAUGAUCAUACACGUUUAAAACGUAAUAAUCUACAACAAUCACCACCAGCAGCACAACAGCAUGGUUGGCAAGAAGAUGUUACUAAAUUAGCUGAUCUAUUUAAUAUACAUCAUAGUACAAAUUAUCGACCGUCUGCUAUGCCACCGCCAGUCGUCAUCGAAGAAAAUACACUCACUGAAUUAGCGCCAACUAUAAGAUUUCGACGAAUGUCAAUAUCAAAAAAUACGUUGGGUAUGUCACGUUCAUCACUAAAUCCUAAACAAUCAACAUUAGCAGCACUGAAUAUUCCUCGACGAAAUUCAAUCAGUCAACGUUCACCGAUCAAAGUGGCCAAUACAUAG